UUAUCGGCGAACCGCCCGCCAAUCGCGAUUACAUCCGGAGUAAGGAUGCGGUAUUUCGACCGAUCCCGCUGAGUCUCCAGUUCCUGACAACGAUGUUUGUGUGGUUGUGGCUCCGGAGCUACCGCACCUAUGACCUGCUCUUUGCCGUCGGCCUGUUCACGCUCAUCGUUUACCUGUGCCUGCCCUUCCGGUUCGCAUCCCAUUAUGAUUACAUCGAGGGAUCGAAGAUCGAGGAGGCGCUGCUGCGCCAGGUGACCCGAAAUGUGUCCUUGCAGGAGGUGUUCGAGUGCACUUACUCGGAGAUUAUCUCGGAGAACAGGUUCGUCUACCACCUAGCCCAUUACCAUGAGGCAAUGCAGCGGGGCGUCCGUCCAGGUGGUGAGUUCCGGCCGGAAGGAUGUCAGGCCCGCUACAGCACCGCUAUCAUUGUGCCGUACAGGCAGCGUGAGGAGCAGCUCCACGCCUUCCUCACCUACAUGCACAAUUACCUGCCCCAGCAGUUGAUCCACUAUCGGAUUUUCCUGGUCGAACAGUUUGACCACAAACCCUUCAACCGGGCGAUGCUCUUCAACAUUGGCGCCCAGGUGGCUGCGGAGUAUGGAUUUCCCUGCCUGAUCCUCCAUGACGUGGACCUCUUGCCGCUCAACUCGGGUCAAAUGUACGCCUGUACGGAGCGGCCGCGGCACAUGUGCUCCGCCCUGGAUCAUUGGCGCUUCCGGCUGCCCUAUCAAGGUCUCUUUGGCGGCGUGGUGGCCAUCAACACCGCACAGUUCCAGCAGAUCAAUGGCAUGUCAAAUCUGUAUCAUGGCUGGGGCGGCGAGGACGAUGAUCUCUAUGAGCGCUUACAGGCCCUGAACAUUGAUAUCUGUCGGUUUGCGAUGGAGUUCAGUGAGUACACCAUGCUGAAGCACAAGCCGGAGCGCCCCAAUGCAAACCGAGUGGCGCUCCUGAGGUCGGCGACCAUGCGCCAGCACUCGGACGGACUCAACUCACUGGUCUACAAUGAGGUGGAGCGACGAAUGCACAGCCUGUUUACGCACAUCCUGGUGGAGACCUGAGUGCCAGUGCCAGUAUUUGUUAUAUUUAGCUUGUAGGCAAAUCGUUUUCGUAGCCCAACCGCCGGUUUGUUAGUCGGUCAUUUGAAUUGUUUUAGGACUUGGGUGCACUUAGCUUAGCAACCGAUUAGCAGCCGCCUUAGACAAUGCGUUCCGAAUCGAUCGUGAUAUCUUACUCACUAGGCUAAGAAGCAGGAAAAGAUGGGGAAGUCAAAUCUGUAAUUGAAGUACAACACGGGUGUUUUCAAAUAAAACGGAUAUCGCCAAAGGUAUCAACCAUGUUAAGCACGAUCUGCCUCUGCCAAUAAAAAAUGCAGUAAAUUAUAAAA